AUGGCCGAGGGAGAAAUCACCACCUUCACUGCCCUGACCGAGAAGUUCAACCUGCCCCCGGGGAACUACAAGAAACCCAAACUCCUGUACUGCAGCAACGGGGGUCACUUCCUACGGAUCCUCCCGGAUGGCACAGUGGAUGGGACCAGGGACCGAAGCGACGAGCACAUCCAGCUCCAACUGAGUGCAGAAAGCGUGGGAGUGGUGUACAUAAAGAGCACCCAGUCGGGGCAGUACCUGGCCAUGGACACCAACGGGCUGCUCUAUGGCUCGCAGUUACUGGGUGAGGAGUGCCUGUUCCUGGAAAGGGUCGAAGAAAACCAUUAUAACACGUACAUCUCCAAAAAGCACGCGGAUAAGAACUGGUUUGUGGGUCUGAAGAAGAAUGGGAACAGCAAGCUGGGGCCGCGGACUCACUACGGCCAGAAGGCGAUUCUCUUCCUCCCACUGCCCGUCUCGGCUGACUAAGCCCCAACCCAGAAGCUCAGAGAUGACCCCAAAUACCAAAACCCAACUGCUGCCGCCUCCUUAGAGCUCGUUAGAGCUCCGAGCUUUAGGUCAAGGCUUUACCAAAACUAGCCAAAGCAGAGCUCCUCAGCUCUGCACAAAGCUUUGCAGAGAUGAGGGGAAGAGUCCUGACACCCUCCCAAGGGCCACCAGCCCCCCUGGCUCCCCCUGCCCCCCACUGUCUGCUGUUGUGUGCCAUGACCACGCUGCAGCUCCUGGGGACAGGCACCCAGAAACCUGCCCAAAGGGCACCCCAAGGUCACCCCAGUUACCAGAGAAGUGCAUGCUUUGUGUCCCCAGGCAUUCUAAGGCAAAACCCUCCUGGAUAUUGUGUAUUAAUGUAUUUAUCUAUCUAAGUAUGCAGCUUCUAACGUGCCCUCAAACAAUCUCAUAUUGGACCAUCAGUCCUGUUAUCCAGGGCCAGCCUGGUGAAUGCUGGCCAAUAUCCUUGAUGUGUUAAGCUGAACAAGCAGGCAAAGCUCCAGUCCCAGACCUUGGCCUCCCUCACAACACCAAUAGUGCUGUAUUUCAUGUACCUACCAUAUAUUAUUAGUAUUUAUUUAUCAAGUAA